ACAUUGUCACGUUAUCGAUGUGAAAAUUCCUUUUUAGACAAUAUGAUUUGCCUGAGCGGCUAGGAGACACCGAGAGUAACAAGCGGUAGAAAAUGGAUUAGAAAGGAAAGGUAAAAAAAAAAAAGAAAUAAAAAUAGAAAUAAAUAAAAAACUUUUUUUUAAACUUGGGACUUCCUGUGGGACGGACUUUGGAUGCUGGGGGGAAAUGCAUUAUUAAAUUAAAUGGCUAUUGCAUAUAAAAUAUAUUAGUUAAAAUGAGAACGAAAUACACAAAUAGUACACAUAGAUAAUAAAAUACAUUAAAAGUUAUAUGACUCACUUAAACUGUAAAAAUGACUCGUAAAUAAAUUUUGGGAUGGUAAUAAUUACUAAUAAAAAAGCACUAAGCUAAUAGGUCAAAUGACUAAACAAAUUGAAUUAAUUGGUUGACGUACUAAUAAAAAUAAAGUAAAAUGUCUCAAAACCCAUUUUUGUAAAAGAAGAAAACUGGAGUGCAUGUCACGGGUGAAAAGGAAACAUCACUUCCGCUCCCACGUCAAUAACAAAGAUGGCGGCGUGUGUACGCGGUGUCUCCCUGCGUGCCAGCAGGCUUUUAUCCACCCAGCUGCACAGGGUUGUCGGGCUCCAGACGAGCAGUACUGGGACGCCCCGGCAGUUAACUAGAAAGCACCUUGGCGGCUGGGCGAAGGUGCCGUGGAGAGGAAGGAGAUGCGUGUGGGCGGGAGCAGCGUUUUCGUUGUGGUUGGCCUCGGAUGAUGAAGACGCUCAAGUGAAAGAAGACGAGAUGAUUCUGCUGCUGAAGAAGGCCAAGCUCAGCAUCUUACGGGGUCAGCUGGAGGAGGCGUCGACAUUUCUCCAUGCUGCAGUCGCCAUGGCUCACCACUCAAACAAUCACCAGGCCAUAGUGUACGCCUACAGCCAGAUGGCCAACUUGGCUUACAUCCAAGGCCAGAUGGACCACGCUGAGAAACUCUUUAAGGCGGCCAUGAGCUUCAUGCUGGCAGGCGGGAUGCCGCAGGACGACAACGCCUUUAUUGAGAUGUCCCUCAAACUCGCCGCCAUGUACGCCGAGCAGAACAAGGCGGAGCUUGCGGAGCACGGCUUCACUUUCUGUUUGGACACUCUGGAGGUGAAGGUACAGCAGCUUCAGGAGACGCCAGAAGCUGAUCGGACAGGUGAGACGAGUUUGUUGGCGACGGUAACGAAAAUUGAUGGAAUGUGUGAAGACGAGCAGGAAGUACUAAGGAAGGACACCCGCCUGCUGCUCGGUCUGUGUUUGGACUCGCGUGCUCGGUACCGAGCGUCCACGUUGCACCUGAAGCAGGCUGUCGCCGACUACGAGAAGGCUCUGAGCAUCUGCCGCCAGGAGCAGGGGGAGUCCCACCCCCAGACCGUGGUCCUGAUGAGCGACCUAGCCACCAUCUUGGAUAUGCAGGGUCGCCAUGACGAUGCCCUAGCGCUGAUCCGGCAGGCGGUGGAUCUGGGUCGCUCCUCAGAACACCCGGAGCUACAUGUUCUUGUAGGGAACAUGGCUGGCAUCCUGCUGCACACAGGUCAACUGGACGAGGCCGUCCGGUUCUACGGGGAGGCUUUGCGUCUGGCGCAGCAAGCUGGAGAUCAGAAUGCAGUGGGACACAUCAAGGAGGGGCUGAGUCAAGUAAAGAAGAGGAAGGACGAGUGACGCAGAGCUGGACUCUGAUUGGCUGAAACCAUCCAGACAAGUGUGCUUUAAUUUCUGUGUUGAAUAAAUAAAACAGUUUCAAGUGUGAA